CUCUUUCGUUCGCAAAAUGCACAUGCUACAUGCAUGACAUGCAUGAGUGAUGAUCUUGGUGGUGUGAGGAGCGCAACCAUAUUUUUGUGUCGAAAUGGAAGAUUUAGUCAAAGAAACUCCCUUAAUGGAUCCUCAGACGAUAUUCCAAUAUGUCUUUAUAUUCUUCUGGGUCAUGUAUGUAUGGGAGUCCUAUCUUUCUUAUCGACAGAGGCAAGUCUACCGUAACACUGCGGAGGUACCGGCCCCGCUACGUGACAUCCUAGACCAUGAGACCUUUGAGAAGUCUCGCCUGUACCAGCUGGACAAGAGCUCCUUCGGUUUCUGGCAAGGGGUCUUUUCGCAGCUUGAAUCCUCGGCUAUUCUCCUCUAUGGGGGCAUCCCAUACAUGUGGGGAGUAGCAGGACAUGCCAUAGCGUACUUUGGUUAUGGCCCGGAAAACGAGAUCAUUCAGUCCCUGAUGUUCAUGCUGCUAGCCUCCGUUUACAGCACCAUCGUCGGCCUGCCAUGGACCGUCUAUGGCACGUUCGUCCUGGAGGAGAAACACGGCUUCAACAAACAGACAGCAGGGUUCUUCAUCAAGGACCAGAUCAAGAUGUUUCUGGUGACCCAAGCUCUGAUGGCCCCCAUUGCAUCCGGACUGCUCUACAUCAUACAGAUGGGUGGACAGUACUUCUUCAUCUAUGCCUGGGCAUUUGCAUUCGCCGUCUCUUUGAUUAUGAUCACCAUCUACGCCGACUACAUCGCCCCACUCUUUGACACCUUCACCCCUCUGCCCGAGGGAGAACUAAGGACAAAGAUUGAGGGACUCGCCAAGAGUAUUUCCUUCCCUCUCUACAAGCUCUACGUUGUUGAAGGAUCUAAGAGGUCCUCUCAUAGCAACGCCUAUUUCUACGGCUUCUUCAAGAACAAACGCAUCGUUCUGUUUGACACGCUGCUGGAGGAUUACAAGCCAGCCAGCAAAGAAGAGGAUAAACCCAAGGAGAAAAGCGAAUCCUCCGACGAGAGUCCGGUGCCAGACCAAGGAGAGGAGACCGGACCAAAGGAGGGCGUGGCAGACGAGCCAGCAAAGGAGGGAGAAAAGAAGAAGACUGGUUGCAAUGACCAGGAGGUGCUAGCUGUGCUGGCUCAUGAGCUGGGUCACUGGAAGCUGAGCCACAACCUCAAAAAUCUUGUCAUCAGUCAGGUGAACUUGUUCCUGUGCCUGUUUCUCUUCGCCCUCCUGAUCGAGAGAAAGGAACUGUUUGAGGCGUUUGGUUUCUACGACGUCCAACCCACUCUCAUAGGCCUCGUCAUCAUCUUUCAGUUUGUUUUCUCGCCAUACAACGAGGUGCUUUCGUUCUGCAUGACGGUGCUGUGUCGCCGGUUUGAGUUCCAGGCCGACGCUUUCGCCAAGUCGCUGCGCCGCGCCACGGAGCUGCGGUCGGCGCUGAUCAAGCUACACAAGGACAAUCUGGGCUUCCCAUUGGCCGAUUGGCUUUACUCCACCUGGCACUACUCCCACCCUCCCCUCCUCGAGAGACUCGCUGCCCUCGGGGAGAAAUUGGACUGAAAUCGAUGGUCUUCUUUUGGGUUGUGGACUGAGCACCUCUACGUACACCUGUAAGCACAGACAAUUUUCUGAGCUUGUUGUUUUUUAAAUGUGCCAUUCAAAACUAA